GGGGCGGAGCGCGGCCCUCCCCUCUUCCUCUCGCGUUGGUUCCGCUUGCAGCGUUCUCGCCCUUGCUGCUGCCGUUCUUCGUCGGUUCUCGCGCUCGUCUCCGCUCCGGGCCGCUUGGGCGUUUUCUCUCUGCCUUAAAGUCGGGUGUCUUUUAUGAAUAAUCAAAAGCCGCAGAAGCCGACGCUAUCAGGCCAGCGUUUUAAAACUAGAAAGAGAGAUGAAAAAGAGAGGUUUGACCCUACUCAGUUCCAAGACUGUAUUAUUCAAGGUUUAACUGAAACUGGCACUGACUUGGAGGCAGUAGCAAAGUUUCUUGAUGCUUCUGGUGCAAAACUUGACUAUCGCCGCUAUGCAGAAACGCUUUUUGACAUCCUGGUGGCUGGUGGAAUGCUGGCCCCAGGUGGUACCCUGGCAGAUGACAUGACACGCACAAACGUCUGUGUCUUUGCUGCACAGGAAGACCUAGAAACCAUGCAAGCAUUUGCUCAGGUUUUUAACAAGCUAAUCAGGCGUUACAAGUAUCUGGAGAAAGGCUUUGAAGACGAAGUCAAAAAGUUGCUGCUGUUCCUGAAGGGGUUCUCAGAGUCUGAGCGGAACAAACUGGCCAUGCUGACAGGUAUUCUGCUUGCCAACGGGACGCUUAAUGCAUCAAUUCUCAACAGUCUUUACAACGAGAACUUGGUUAAAGAAGGUGUUUCUGCGGCUUUUGCAGUCAAGCUGUUCAAAUCAUGGAUAAAUGAGAAAGAUAUUAAUGCAGUCGCUGUCAGUCUUCGUAAAGUCAACAUGGAUAACAGGCUGAUGGAACUCUUCCCAGCCAACAAACAAAGUGUUGAACACUUCUCCAAGUACUUCACUGAAGCAGGACUGAAGGAACUUUCUGAGUACGUUCGGAACCAGCAGACCAUAGGAGCUCGGAAAGAGCUGCAGAAAGAACUUCAGGAGCAGAUGUCUCGGGGAGAUCCAUUCAAGGAUAUAAUCUUGUACGUGAAGGAGGAGAUGAAGAAAAACAACAUCUCAGAACAGACUGUGGUAGCCAUAAUCUGGUCAAGCGUAAUGAGUACGGUGGAAUGGAACAAAAAGGAGGAGCUGGUAGCAGAGCAAGCCAUUAAGCACUUGAAGCAAUACAGCCCUCUACUUGCUGCCUUUACUACCCAAGGUCAGUCAGAGCUGACUCUUCUGUUGAAGAUUCAGGAGUAUUGUUAUGACAAUAUUCACUUCAUGAAGGCCUUCCAGAAAAUAGUGGUGCUCUUCUAUAAAGCUGAAGUUCUGAGUGAAGAACCCAUCCUCAAGUGGUAUAAAGAUGCACAUCUUGCAAAAGGAAAGAGUGUUUUUCUGGAGCAAAUGAAAAAGUUUGUUGAAUGGCUCAAGAACGCUGAAGAAGAGUCGGAGUCUGAAGCUGAAGAGGGUGACUGACCUGUGAAACUCUGUCCUUGGCAAAGCAAACAGGAGCUGUAGAUAAGUGUCAUGUCUCAUGUGUCCUUCUGAUUCCUACAUCCUACCUCCCUGUAUCAAGCAUGAUAUAAGGGCUCUCAUGGCAAUUUCUUUUAACUGUUUUCUAUAGUUAUUGAGAUACUGGGUUUAGUUUUUAAAACCAUGUUCUAAGUAGCUUACAGGAGCUGUUAUAGCUUUGACUCUAACUUGCAUUUGUCCUUUCAGUUCUAUUCUACCUCCUGUAUUUUCUACUGUAAUAAUGUAAUUUAAGGCCUUCCACAAUGACAUCCAUUUUACUCCUUGGGUUUUCUAUCUGUAUUUGAGUAGACAUGAUUAUGGUGAAUGAGAUUUAUGGCAGUUCUGUUUGCAAAUGAAACUGUAAGAAGCCUCUAAAGCCAGCAGGCUGUGGCUUGUGUGGUAACUCAGUGUGACAUGUCAGUCUGCACCAUGUGCGCCACAUAGUCCCGUUCAUUGGUGGUUGUCCUACUGCCCAAGGACUUUGUCACCUCUUCCCUACGCUUCCAGCAUAAAGCAUUGCAGCUGCUGGGUGAGGCAGCUGCCCCACUCCUGGGAGGGAGCUCAUUGUCCUCCUGGAGAGAAGCUGUUAUGGUGGCAGUGAAGGGUAGUGCUGGAGGGGUACGAUGAGUGGCAUCUCUGAACCUGCUGCCUGUCACAGGUGGUGGCCUGCACACCUCAUGGGUAGUACAGCCCAAGAGGGGUCUGGCUGCCUUAGAGCUGGGCAGCAGCUCCUGGGGAAGCCUUGCCAUGUCUCCCAUGGCAGUCCAAGCAAUACUGUUCCCCACACAGCCACCCAACAGCUUUCUCGAGCCAGCCAGGGGAGCAGCUUGCUUGAGCUGCUGUGUUAAUGCAUGAGUGCUGGAAGGUAAGGCAGACAAAACUCUGUCCCCUCCCCCUGAAGUUUAGAGAUUGUUUUAUGUUGGCACUUGACAUGUUAAACCAAACAGCUUAUCUGCUCCAUGAAACUUUGCAUUCUUAAUGGAAUUUCUCAGGACAGCUCAUAAUUAAAGAAAAAGAUUUGGUAAAAGAGUGAAGUCUAUACUGGUGUAAGCUAAUAAUGAGCAUUAACUGAAAUACUGGUAACCAGAGUACACCUAUUAUAAAUAAAAUAAAAUGAAAAAAUGAUCCCAAAGAUCAUUGAUAUUUCAUUCAGUACUACAGUAAUCUUCUUCCUUACUUUGUAACUUUUUUUUGGAAACAAAUAAAGGCCAUCCUUACACUUAUGUCAAGGGCUGCAGUUAUCUACACGUUUAAAGUGCGAAUGUCCCGAGAUUGUUAUUCUCUGAGGAAAUGCAGCCAGGUUCAUCAUUUUUCUUUAAAUAAGUUUUAUUCCAGCAGCUGGAUUAAACUGGAAUAUCCAAGAAGUCCUAAUAUAAAUCCACAAAAAAUAGCAUAAAUGUGCAUAAAAAAUAGCACCUUUGCGAAACAACUGUUCGCCAUAUAGCGCAAGUAGUUACACUUUUUUCCAUUUCUUUGCUGGAAAACCUCUCUCAGCCUCCUCACCUGCAGGAAACCGUGACCUUUUUUCCCAUUUCAGUGAGAAGAAGAAAGGAAGUUUCAGCGCUUCUCCAAGUGUAAUGCGCUUGGCAGGGUCGUACUCCAGCAUCUUCCCAGUCAGGUCAGACAGGUUCCUGUGCUCACCAUUGAUGCAGGUCAUAUAUUCCUUCAGGAAGAAAAUGUCAAAACGUGGGGCUUUUAAAAUUGCACCAAAAGCUCCUCUCCCCAAAAGAAUCUCCCUUUGUCUGGUUACUGGCAGUGGCUUAGAGAGCCUCGAGACACGCUGACCAGCACGAGUGUUUUCAUCCCAGUCCAGCUGGUUGCAAUUGAAAUAUACUCAGGUUCUCUUAAACAGACAGACCCCAGUUUGUUAUUCCAACAUUCUGGUUUAUCCCUUCACUAGAAGUUUACCGGAAUGUUAGUUCACAGCUUGAGAGUGGGCAGCUUGUUAAUAGAGCAAGAGGAGGAACCUGAGUUUAUGGAACUUUUUGUUAAACUGCUAUUAAACCAAAGCUCAAAAUACCUGUAUUUAUUAAUCUCCAGCAGUCUAGGUAUGGAAAAACAUCAUUACCUGCUGUUCUGUAUCAUGUGUCUUGAUAAAGGCCCCAGUACUCACUCCAUCAUUGCCAGGUGUUCUUUGCUGUUAUGGGUCUGGAGGGAAAUCAAGGUGGACAUUUUUGUUCAGUGUUAGAGGAAGUUGUCAAGGACCACCCACUAACCUUACUUUGGUUUUGACAGUACCCUGCACCCCAUAAUCAAUUUCAACUGAAGGAGAAAAGAGAGGCUGUAGGCAUGCGAUUCCUCCAAUAGGUUUCAGUGAUCUAGACAGAGGUUUUUUCCCUUGAACCCCUUAUUUUUUUUCUCCUUUCUUUAUAAAUUUCAGGUUUCAGCAAUACCUGACAAACUAGGUAUUGAGUAGUAUUUGUUAAUGGUGACAGAUGAAGCUGUGUCUUAACUAGUGUGGCUUGGAAAUUACAAAUAUUAACAGGGUGAUCCUUGAGUCAAGCUGCUGCCAAAAUGUUUACUGAAAGCAACUUGUAGGAAUCUUCUGCUGAGAAGUUCCUUUGUUCCUACAGCUUCUGUUCUCUUCUGCUUGGUCUAACAGAGAAAUGCAGUUUCAUUUCUGAAGCCAUUCCCCGCAGGCCCCACUUCCCUGUAGCGUAUUUUCACCCAGCUGAGCAGCAUUAUGCACACUGCAUCGUUUUGAGGUUCGUAGUUACCUACCGGAAAGAGUACAUUUCCAACGUAUUCCAUGAGAACACAACCUAUGCUCCAAAUGUCACAAGGCUGUGACCAUCCCAGUCCUGUAAAAAGAUGCAGAAGGUUCGUGUUUAUACCUCAUCACAGUAUACAGCACAGCGGCUCAAGCAGGACAAGUGCCACGUCUAAAGCACGGUUCCAUAAAUCUUAGGCUGAUCUUUCACCUAACAGGCUUCUACUGACCUAGAAUAACUUCUGGAGCUCGGAAAUCUCUUGUAGUCACCAAAGGGCUGUGGUACUCAUCAUCAUAUGUUGCAUUCCCAAAGUCUGCAACUUUGAUGUCUGGAAUUCUUAGUUGAUGUUCAUCCUGUGUCUGAAAUGAAACACAGUGGGAUGCAAGUGGCCAAACGAACCCAGCUUAGUGGCUGGGGGGAGGGAGAGGACAGCAAUUUACCAGUGUGGGGUUAUAAUCUGCUGUAUAGUCAGACUUCACAAAUAAAAUAUUUUCUGGUUU